ACUUAAUCUACCUCGCCCUUGUAUCCUUGUGUCGCUACCCAAGGCGUUUGCCACAACUUCCAUCCAGUCCAUCUGACUCUCCUGUGCAUAGUCAAAUAAGAUACUCUCAGCCAUUGUGAUUCUACUCACCUAUGGUUUCUCUGACUUCCUUGUACCUACUCCUACAAUUACCUACCAAUUGAACGCGACAUUCCAUCUGCAUGAAGAACGUUGUCCCUACCUUCGAUUCGAUACUUCUCGGUUGCUCAUAGCAUGACGCAUGGCUAUCGCCCUCGGCCAUACCUCCUUGACGUCGAGAGGAAGCCAACUCAGUAUAGGCUAUACCCAUCGGUCGAAAACAACCCCAGGCAGCCUCCAAGAAUACCACUGGUUCCUUCCGUGGCAGCAGCCUUUGGACAACAAAAAUCAGGAGAAAGCACGUACGAACUUCUGGAGCAGUCUCUAAAGCCAUUGUCCAGAGAGACCGGAACAGUACCAAACGCAGCCUAUGACGAAAAUGCAGUACUGGGCAUCGAAAAGCCUAUCAACAAGUCUGCUAAGUCCAGCGUCAGUCUCAAAGAACGCAUUCGACAUUUUACAUGGGCUUGGUUCAGCCUUCCUAUGUCCACUGGAGGCAUCGCAAUAAUUUUGGAAAUGCAGCCACACAUAUUUCCAGGCCUCUUCGAGACGGGACUUGCGUUUUACUGCCUCACGGCCUUCCUCUUCCUCUCCGCAUGUACAGUCAUGCUCGCACGCUUUAUAAUGUUUCCAUCCACCAUGAAGCGAUCCAUCUCGCAUCAUCGUGAAGGUCUGUUCGUGCCAACGUGCCUCCUCAGCACCGCCUCCCUUCUUACUGGCACUCGCACCUACAUAAUCCACCUUGCUAGCGAGUCAACUAAGGAUGAGCUCGUUCGUACAGUCGAAAUCCUUUUCUACUCAUACUUCAUUUGCUCUUUUCUCAUGGCUAUCAGUCAAUACACAUUCCUAUUCGCCGCACACACAUAUCCGCUUGCGAAGAUGACCCCAUCCUGGAUGCUUCCUAUGUUUCCAAUCAUGCUAACCGGAACCGUCGCUGGCGUGAUCGGGCCAGAUAUCGAGGAAAUAUCCAGGGCACCACUGUUAAUAGUUGGUCUUGCUGCUCAAGGUCUAGGUUUUUGGGUUGCAAUAUUCAUGUAUGGCCAGCUUAUUGGGCGACUCAUGCAAGCGGGCCUGCCUGGACGCGAUCACCGCCCGGAAAUGUUCAUCAGUGGUGCACCUCUAUCGUUUACUGCUUCAGCUCUCAUCCGGAUGGCUGACGCUGUACCGACCGCAACUCCCCUCUCUCUCCGUGGUAAUAUCGUCGAAGUUUCGACCGUAAAAUUCACUUCAUUCGUUCAGGCAAUCUUUCUCUGGCUUCCCUCUUUUUGGUUGGUGUGCCUCGCAUUCAGUUUGGUCGUUCUUAGACCACCGAGAAGGUUUACGCUGGGCUGGUGGGCAAUGGUUUUUCCUAAUACCGGGUUUGUGAUUGCUACAAUCAACAUUGGGGAAGAGUUAGGUAGUGAGAUUGUGAAGUGGAUGGGCAGUGGUCUGAGUGGCAUACUUGUCUGUGUCUGGAUCUUCGUUUUCUACCACAAUAUCAGUGCAUACAUCAAGAAAGACAUUAUGUGGCCUGGAACAGACGAGGAUACAGAUGAAUAAAUGCCCGAACGAACAACCAUUGUUCUCGGGUUGAGACACAGCCUUGACUGCGCGAGUUUCUUUGUUCUGUCUCUGUUCACUCCUCACAAUACUAUCAAGGUUCUGCUGUCAACGUCGUUCACUUGGGAUAGGGACUGUGCACUCUGUGAUCAGCAAACGCCCCAAACACAUCGUACAAUCGCUUUGUAAUGCA